CUAUCUACUCCGUCCGGCGGGCCCAUCCCCCGCCUCCCUUUUGCCGCGGCCGUCGCUUUUCAGCGAGCCGACCCAGCAAAGUGGCAGCCAUACCGAGCGAGCGAGCGAGCGAGAGAGAGAGAGAGAAAGAAAAGGACACCAAAUUAUACGAGCAUCUCUCCUCUCGUCGCGCAAAGCGAGGGAGAGGCCGCCGCACGGCUCGGCCCCCAUCCACUCCCUCCCUCCCUCCCUCCGCCGCGCCGACCGACCGGUCGGGGACGGCGCGCGCGUCGGCGAUGCGGAAGGGCUCGUCGCGGUCGGGGUCGGCGCGGCACCAGCAGUUCCGCGCCCGCGCCAAGACCCGCGUCGACGACCUCCAGGACAUGUUCUCCGGCCUCCAGUACGCCCGCAAGGAGGCCCGCUCCACCGACGCCGUCCUCCUCGAGGCGCAGCUCCACCAGAUGCUCCGCGAGUGGCGCGCCGAGCUCAGCGUCCCGUCCCCCGCCUCCUCCCUCCAGGCGGGGAACGACAACCGGGACCAGUCGGAUCCGCCGUCCGAGACACCGCGGCCGCCGCAGCUGGCGGCGGCCGAGGAGGAGGACGACGCCACCAGCCAGCUCGUCGAGCAGCUGCCCCGGCCGUCUGCUGAUCAGGCCCGCAGGCACCCGCAGGGGGGAGACCACGACAUGAAGCCGGAGCCGCGCGAGGAAGCGAUCGCGGAUCCAGUGACGGUGGCGCAGCAGCCGCCGUCGCUGGGUCAGGGGGUUAUGGCCACUCCUGCUACUGCCGUGUUCCACGAUCAGAUGUACUAUGUGAACCAGGAGCUUACUGUUGAGGAUUUUCUUUACGAUGAUGAUUACAAGAUAAACCUUCCUGGGUCCAAUCCAGAAAUCCUCAAUAACCUUGAAGGGAUUGGUCAGCAAGAAUAUCCGCAGUUCAAUUUGCCACAAGAGUUGCCCCCUAAUGCCUAUCUUGAUAUGAGCAACUAUGGGCAGAAUGCUGGUGAUGUUUUCCUCCACAUGUCAGACUUGCUCACAACAAUGACUCCAGCACCUGCUUCAUUCCUGAGGCCGAAGUGCGCUCUCUGGGACUGCCCUCGGCCAGCUCAAGGAUCUGAAAGGUGGCAAGAUUACUGCAGCAUGUACCAUGCUGAAUUGGCUGUGAAGGAAGAGGGCCCUCCAGGCACAAUGCCCGUGAUCCGUCCUAGAGGCAUUGAUCUAAAAGACGGCCCUUUGUUUGCUGCUCUUAGUGCAAAAAUCCAAGGAAAGCAUGUCGGUAUUCCUGUCUGUGAAGGGGCUGCAACUACGAAGUCCCCUUGGAACGCACCUGAACUUUUCGACCUUUACAUCUUUGAAGGUGAAUCCAUGAGAGAAUGGCUUUUCUUUGACAAACCAAGAAGGGCAUUCGACAGCGGAAACCGGAAGCAAAGGUCCCUGCCAGAUUACAACGGCCGUGGCUGGCAUGAAUCAAGGAAGCAGGUGAUGAAAGACUUUGGGGGUCUGAAGAGAUCCUACUACAUGGAUCCACAGCCGUCUACCAGCUAUGAAUGGCACCUCUAUGAAUAUGAGAUCAACGACCGCGAUGCCUUCGCCUUGUACCGGCUUGAAUUCAAGUCCUCGGAUGCAAAGAAGAGCGCUAAAUCGAAAUUCACUUGCAGCCCACUGAUUGAAAUCCAGCAGCAAAUGGUCAGGCUGAGUGCGGACGGUCCCCUGGAGAACAAGCGGGCUGCCCGUGGGCGGACAAAGGAUGCUAGCGCGAACAUCUACCCGGUUCAAAACAGCACGGCUCACGACAAUGCCCCGGACGCUUACCAGGCGGCGGCGCAGGUGGACCAGAUGGCAUUUUUGAACGGCAGUGUUGUUUAUGGACCUCAUCUCCCAUACGGUUACCCGACCGAAGGAGGUGACUUCUAUUGGAACUCAAACGAUGGGGCUUGAUAAAACCAUCUUCUGACUUGUGGCAUAUUUCCGCCUUCAAGUUCUAACCGUAUCAGCUGUAAUUAAGGGGUCUAUUCUAUCGGCAAUGGCCUCCAUAAUUUCUAUUGGGGAUGGCCUCCAUAAUUCUAAUUGUAAUGGUGGGUCAAAUUUACAGGAAACGUCUCUGAGACAAUGGAUGAGUCUUGGUGUC